AGCGGGUACAAAGCACUCGGUUCGUCGGAAAAUCCCGCCCAGUGUAAAGUCGACUCCACAGGUGACGGAUUUCAUGAUACAUGACAGUGAUUACGACGUAAAGGCGACGUUGGUGUAAGGAUUUGAAUAAUGGUGACCAGUUAAUGACAAGAGCAGAAUACGUUGGGAUGGUGCCUUAUCGCUUUUGGCUGUUUAUUCCGCUGCUACUUUGCAUUUAUGAGGUCAACAGUCAAGCAACGGACGUAGAUGUGAAGUUGGUGGCACCAAGUUGGGUGGCGCGAGGCAGUUCAGCAAAGCUACGAUGCCUCCACCAGGUCCCACCGCAGUUACUCUACAAAGUGGAGUUUCUGCGCUCCGGGGCAAAGAUCCUGCAAUAUGUCCGAGAGCGGGUACCACCUUACACCAAUUACACCUUUCAAGGAGGAAAGGUUAAUAUGUCUCUCGUAACGGAAAACUCCAUAACCUUGGAAAAUUUGGACCCUACUGCAUCAGGGUUGUAUUGGUGCGAGGUGUCAUUGGAGACACCAAUUUUCACGGCAGCUUCACCUCCUCAUCAACUAACUGUUGUCUAUUCUCAAAAGCACCCGCCAAUAAUAACUUUCGGAAAGCCUGAUGUUGUGGUUGGAGGAUUGCUUCGAGCGAACUGUACUAGCGCCCCGGCUGCCCCGGCCCCCAAACUCAUCUGGUACAUUGAUAAUGAAAAGGUGCCCGAAGACUCAAUUAAGUACUUCUCAUACCGCGUGUCAAGUUCCACCAGGACAAAAGGAGGUGGGAAUCGACACCGGAAGUACCAGCAUCGAUACAUAGCACCGGAGUUCAACUACACGGCAAAAUACUGGGCGUUAGUGAGUGAAACGACUACCCCGUCUCCUGCGAACCUUAAACAUAGCAAAUGUACAUUGAAGGACGGCCAAGAGGAAGUUGCGAAGAUUGAAAAGCCACGUGAACUAGCUCCACCACCUAUAUCCUUAUGGGUGUCCAUUGCUGAGUUACGGACUCCAGCCCAUGGGCGUUUGCAGCUCACAUGUACAGCGACCAUACCUGAAGAAGUGGGACCAGGCGAACGGUUCGCGGAUAUUAAGAAGCAAACAGUCACUGUUGCAGUGAACGAGCUGACUUUGAAGAAACCUCAAUCGGAUACAAGUGUCGCAAACGGUACGGCAACAACGCUGCACAAUUUCACCCCGAUUUGGCUUAUUGGUUACAGUUUCCUCAUCCAAGAGCUUAGAAUAACCCUAUUCUAAAUUCCCUAAGAUUUCUAGAUGCAUAAGUAUUUUUGUAAUUAUGUUCGUCUCACUUUCAAGGUGUACGGUUGUCCUUAUAUUUCCUUUUUUUUUCGAAUAACGAGAUUGUGUUCAAUAUAGAAAUUUGACAUAUAUCUAAGCAGAGACGUAUUUUAGAAAGAACCCUAUUUAUGUGAGCUUCCUUCGGGUCAAUUAAUUAUUUAUGUACCUAUAUUUUUGUAUGACAGAGUUUACUUUACUUACGUAUAGAUAACGCACUACCCACUAUAGCGUAAACAGCCAAUAGAUAUAUUUUAAAACGUUAUUUAUCUUCAUACUAGAUCACAGCGUCAAAUAACUAAUUUAAAGACUGCAUAAGUUAGUAAAGAUUUUUAAUUUUUGUAUAAAAUGCUAUUUGCCAACGCCUUUUGCUACUUGGUUCCAUGCAUACACACUCCUAUGCCUCUUCCCGUCCGCUUCUAUCACCUUUUAAAAAGCUGACUAUAGAACAAAGGGAUGUAUCUAAACCAUUUACUAUAGAUCUUUUCGUGAAAUAUUUUCGUGUUUAUUAAAUAAAUGUCUUUUUUAUUAAUGAAAAUUAAAUGUAUGUCCUUUUUGUGUUAGGUCAUAGCGUUUAUGUUGUAAAUACAACUACUGAUAAUUCGAUUUUUUAUUAAUUUGUGCUUUUAGGAGUUUUAUAAUUAAAUAUCCUUCGCAUCUAGUACCUAUCUGUACCUGAGCUUACUGUCUAUUAUAAACAUUCAUUCAGUAAAGAAAUAUAUAAAUUUGUAUCAACGUUUGUAUCAAAAUCAUUUUCCGUAUACACCAAAUAGAGAAGAUUGGUCUCGUCGACUCGAACUUCCCACUUUCAUAUUAUCUAGUAAUUAAAUAUGGCUUUAUUCCUCUAAAUUUGACGAUUGAAUUUGUUUCAUGGAGUAUAUAGUGUUACACUGUGAAAAUUAAUAAUAAUGUUUGUCUCUAUGGGAUUUUAUUUUUGUAAUCUAUUCCAGUAGAUAACUUAAUUUGGAUUGCAAAAAUCGGAUCUCGUAUGAGGCGGUGAAUGUCUUCCUGCAGCUCUAUACACUGACUAUUGUAGAUAUUUUUGUUGCUGGCUGAUUCAUACAAUGAGGAUUAAAAAUAAAGCUUUUUGUAUUCAUAUAAAUAUCUUAUUGUAAUUUUUAUUUUUUCAUUAUUUGAAGCCAGUUGUAUGAAUCAGCUAUUAAGUUACGAUGUUGGGCAUUUUAUGAAGCGAUUGAUAAACUACAAUAUAAUUAAUGCAACUGCAUGUUUUGAAAUUAUAGUUGAUUGCUAUAAUUGCAAACUAAUAAAUGUGUUUUACUAGUCAAUGCAAAUGUAAACCUUAUUAUGUACAGAGCAUUCGAACUUUGAACUUUACGAAAGUAAACAAAACAACAUUGUUAAUUUCCUCUCAGCUCAGAUGUUACAAUUGUUUUAAUUUCUAUAAUCCUUAUUCAUAAAAAUCGUUUCAACUUAAGUACUCUUUUGUCUCUUUCUGUCAAAUUAUCUUUCCGCUGAGAUAAAAAGAGACAUAUGACUAGAUGGAUUUCUUUUGAAUAAAUAUGUAUAUGGUACGUCACUCUAGAAUUGAUUUACGUUGUAAGUAAAAUAUUAACUCUUAUCCAGUAGAACGAGUCUGCAUGAGAAAUGUAAGUACUCGCAACUUUUAGCUUUAGAGAAUCCAGAAUUUCACGUAGUUUUUAGGUUUUAUAUCAGCGUCACAGAGUUAGAAUUGCCAAACAUCGUAACAAUCGCUACAAGAUGUGAUAAGUGUAUAAGCGAAAUAUUUUAAAAUAGAUCAGUUAUGUAAAGAAAUUAUAUUAUAUAAAGUGUUGAUAUAGAUAUAGAAAUAAGAUGUAUAUUAGAUAAAUGUGUUUAGGAAGCCAAUAAUUAUUUUUGCUUGCUUAUUUUUUUUACAUUUCUCAUAUUAUUUUGUCGAAAUAUAUUGU